UCCACUAUCGCAUAUGUCACAUGUUCCUGUCUAAGAACGUCAACUAAUUCGGUGGACGGAAUAUAUCAUUUGGAACUUUAAAAUAUACAAAGAAUAUUUUAUUAUAUCAUGGAAAUAACUGGAUUUUUAUUGUGAUAAUUAUCGUCUGCUUUAAAUUUUCGAAUCAAGCAUUUUUUUCAUUUGGAUAAUAAUCGAUGUUAAUAAAUUCUUUUCUUUAGAAUUUUCGUUUGAUGAAGAAACUGAAGAAAAGAAUGAAUCCGACAUUGAAAACUUAUUGAAAAAGAAGAAAAUUAUGGAUUUAAUACUGCGAUUUAAAAAAAAUUAGAUGAUUUGAUUAAUGAAAAUAUGUUUUUCAAAAUCUUUUAACUAUUAUAUUUGUUAAAUUAGUUUUAAAAAAGGGAGCAUUAAUUUUAUUUUCCUUUUAUGAAUUCUUUACGGUGGUAAAUUAAAAAAUAUAUAUGUAAUUAUUCAUCUCUAUCUGUGAUAAGUUUUUAAUUAAAUGAAAAAUGAAUCCCUAAAACAUUUUUCAAUGAUUGUCAAAUUAUGUUAAAUAUGGUUUGACAAAUUGAUCUUUGAAUAAUUUAAUUCAAGAAUGAAAUAUUAAUUGGCAGUAAUAUAUUCUAGGAAGUUUCUGAAGAAAUUAUUGAACGAUGGAUCGAAUUUUCUGUUCUAACUUGUUUGAAGUGCUCUCCUUUUGGUUUAGUUGUUCACAAUGCAAAAUAAAUCUGAGGACGUUGUGGUUAUUUACAUUGAUUUUAUUAUGCUCACCAUUGAGGUCAUUAUGCUUUAAUGUGGAUACAAGGACAGCAUUGGUGCAUCAAGGAACGAAUGGAUCAAUGUUCGGGUUUUCAAUCGCUAUGCACAGAGACAGAGACUUCAGUUGGUUACUCGUGGGAGCUCCCAAAGCACAGACAGAACAACCACAUGUUGUGGAAGGAGGCGCGGUGUACCGGUGCAGCAUAGACAGUCCGAACAUGUGCCAAAUGAUCCCUUUUGAUACUUCAGGUCCUGGCCAAAUUAAUUUAAGGGGAAAGAAGGAGAAUAUGGAUGACAAAUCCAAUCAGUGGUUCGGUGCAACCGUCCACAGCUCAGGCGAAAAUGGUGCAAUCGUGGCUUGUGCACCUAGGUAUGUGUCUUUUUCCAGUAACUUAAAAAGGAGAGAUCCCGUUGGAACAUGCUGGGUUGUAAGGGGGAAUUUCCAAAAUUUUCAAGAAUACGCUCCUUGCCGGACAGUUGCUUGGGGCUAUCAUCGUCAAGGUUAUUGUCAAGCUGGAUUUUCAGCAGCUGUCACUAAAGAUGGAAGACAACUUUUCAUCGGAGCAGUUGGUAGUUGGUACUGGCAAGGUCAGUUAUACUCACAGGAUCUUCUUUCAAAGGAGACUUUGUACAACACACCGGAAGGGCCAGCUGACGAUGAUGAUAGUUACCUCGGUUAUUCCAUAGCGAUUGGCGAAUUUACUGGCGAUAAAAAUCCAGAUGUUGUAGUAGGAGUACCUCGUGGACACAGACUUUCUGGAAAGAUAGGCAUAUUCAAUACUACCUUAUACAGCUUGCACAAUAUAUCUGGUGAACAACUAGGUUCCUAUUUUGGGUAUUCUCUUUGUGUUACUGAUAUCAAUGGUGACAGGUUAGAUGACAUCAUAGUCGGUGCCCCACUCUACACGGACCUUUUGGCUAAAGAUAAAAGCUAUGAGAAAGGAAGAAUAUAUGUCGCCUAUCAGACGAGGAAGCAUAAUUUUCGAACAAGAAGCCAUAUUGAUGGAGUUUAUUCGAAAGGAAGAUUUGGACUGUCUUUAGCUUCCCUCUCGGAUAUUAAUAAAGACGGAUAUGGCGAUAUUGCAGUUGGAUGUCCUUAUGGUGGUGACGAUGGUCUAGGUGUUGUAUAUGUAUUCCAUGGAAGUUCCACGGGCAUUGUUACAAAAGCGGCACAGACGAUCUUUUCUGCUGAUGUACACCGUUCUGUUCCUGUAUCCACCUUCGGUUUCUCUGUUGCAGGUGGCAUGGACUUAGAUAACAACCAAUACACAGAUUUAGCUAUUGGUGCAUACGAUUCAGACAGAGUUACUUUUCUCAGAUCUCGUCCAAUUGUUCAAACAACUGCCAAUCUUAAAAUAAAUCCAGAAAAGAUAAACUUGGAUGAAAAAAGUACAACGAGCUGCAAAUUACACGACGGAACCAUCGUCUCUUGUGUUGUUGUUUCCUUUUGUUUGGAAUUUACCGGAGUUGCAAUUCCACCAACAAUAGGCUUCAUGUACCAGAUGAGAUUGGAUAUCGAAAAUAAAGCGUCGAGGGUGUUUUUCCUGACUGACGAAAACCAAAACGAGCAGAAUGUUUCUGUUAGUCUGCGCAAAGACUCGAAAUAUUGCAAGAGCAUUUAUGUUUAUUUACAGAACAAUGUCCGAGACAAACUGACUCCAAUAACAGUGGAAGUGACAUAUCAUUUAUACGACCCAUAUCCUGAUCUGCUUGAGCUGAAACCAAUUCUCAAUCAGAAUCAACCGAACAAUUUAACUAAACAGGUGAAUAUCCAGAAAAAUUGCGGAAAAGAUAACAUUUGCAUUCCAGAUAUCAAAAUACAAGUCUUUCCAAAUAUGAGGGAAUUCCUAAUCGGUAGUCAGAAGAGGUUGGAACUAAACGUCAUUCUCAUCAAUGCUGGUGAAGAUGCCUUUGAAUCCAUGCUGUAUGCUAACAUACCCGUGGAUGUAGAUUAUGUAAACAUCGGAAAAGUCAGACCCAUGGACAUCCCGGUUAGCUGUACUAACAAUAAAGAUGAUGCUGAUAACGGGGACAGAAGACUGGAAUGUGAUGUUGGCAAUCCACUUCCUGCCAAUACAACUUUGAGCUUUAAAAUUUUGCUGGCACCAUCGAAAUAUUUAUCAGCCAGCCACGAUUUAGAGUUCCAGUUUGAAGUAAACAGCACUAAUACGGAAAGAAACACUACCCUUGGUGACAAUAAAGCCAAAGUUCAACUACCUGUGCGAGUUGAAGUUAAUAUAACAAUACAUGGAAUUUCAGAGCCUCAGAUCAUAGCAUACAACAAGUCGGAUGUUUUACCAGUAGACAAAAGUACAGAAAGUGAAGCUGGACCUGAAGUUAUCCAUGUUUAUGCUGUGGGUAACAGAGGCCCAAGCAUGGUCAGGGAAGCCGAAGUGGAUAUUUUAUGGCCCACGUACACACUUCAAGAACGACCUUUGCUAUAUUUAAUGGACCAACCAGAAGUUCAAGGUAAAGGAAAGUGCGAAGAAGUUUCUGGUGUCAAUCCUAAAAAUUUAAAGAAAGAACAGAAGCGACCUCGAAGCAGCAGCUAUUCCAUCAGUAUUGCAGAUCUUGAAGAAAAGCUGGAACUGCAAGAGGAAGAAGAUGUUCUGGAGGAUGAAAUGACGUACUUAAGAAAGCGACGCUCCGUUCCACCCAAUCUUACCGACAAGAAUUCUGGAUUCCAAGAUGAAAUGUCCUGUGGUCCAACCCUGUGCACGAAGAUAAGAUGUGCGGUAUUCAAUUUAACAAAAGACGAACAGGUUAUUUUUACCAUUCGAUCUCGUUUAUGGAAAAAUACUUUAGAUGAGUUGGGACUGGAUGACGUCCAAAUAUCAUCGAAACUUGUAAGCCGAGUGACUUCACUUCCACAUGAUGUGGACCCAUCUUACUUGGGUUACAAGGCUUUAUUUGUGACUACAAAAGUGAAUCCGGAGAGUGUCGCUCCUCAGUUACAUAUGGUACCUUGGUGGAUCCUCAUACUCUCUGUUUCAAUUGGUCUCUUGAUUUUAGGUUUAUUGGCCUUAGUGUUAUGGCAGCUUGGCUUCUUUCGCCGAAGACGCGUGGAAGACCAGAUGCAGGAACCUCUUCAUCAUCCAUACAGGAACGGUUAUUUACUCGGAAGAGGAGACGAGUACCUCUGAACCUUGCCAAGCACUGUUCAGUUUCCUCAUUCAUCAGAAUCAGAAUCAUUUCUACUUAUUAGACUCACCAGUGAUUCUCAUCCUUGAGUCUGGAAUGAAUCUGAAAUACCGAGUUGAUUCGUAAGCAUCAUUUUCCCCUACAGAACUUUGCCCUAUAUGCAGCUAUUUCGUCGUGACCAGUGAUUUUGCCUCAUAGAUUCAAUCUUGCAAGGCAUUUACCAACUCGCUUGAAGAAAUUUCUGCUGUGAAUUUUCAUGUCACAGAUUUAUUUCGUCUGAUCUCUGCUAAUAGGUUGGAGUAAUUAUUUAUUUAAUAUCGUUCAUUUUCGUUAGAAUCUUAAUGACUCUCAUUUUGAGCGUUGUAACACAGAAAUGAGUUUGCACUUUACAGACAUUGUGAUUACAUAUGCUGUCAUUGCUUUGAUGCGCCCCUCUGAUGACUCACAGCAUAGAUCGAAUGUAUCUGGAUAAAUCAACAGCCAAAUCACAUGAUUUUAUAGAUAGUGAUUUCUAAUAUAAAGUUUAACGGUAAGAUGAAUAUGAGUUUUAGCUGCCGAGUACUGAAAUCUUCUGAGUUUGAGCGUGUUUUUGCGUAUCAAACAGUCUAAAUGUUUAUGAUUCCUUUGAAUUUGAAUCUCAGCUGCUGAGUUGUGAAAUAUAAUUUUGAACGAGUUCCUGCGUGUCAGAAAGUCUGAAUAUUUAUGGUUCCUCUGAAUCCGAAUCUCAGAUGCUGAGUUGGGAAUCCUUUCAGUUCGAAUGAGUUCCUGCGUGUCAAAAAGUCUGAGAAACUAUGUGUACUUAAAUUAAACUUGAAAGAAAAAUCAGUUUUUUCAACUCGUAUCUGCUCAUCAGACUGAAUAUUGUACUGGCUUUCUCUGUCAGAUCAUGGUAUAACAAUACGGAUAAGCCAUAGAAAUUGUAGAAACGUGUAGUAGUGAAAACCUCACCAAUACUGUUGAAUACUCAUAUUUAAAACCAUAUAUAUCUUAUUUAACGAGACUUUAUUAAUUUCAUAUUUUCAGCAUUAAUAGUCAAUAAAUUUUGGAUCUCGUUUCUAAUUUACCUUCAGAUACUAAAACUCAAAUUCUGAUAUAAUUCGGAACUGAUGAACAAGCAAGUUUUAAACUCCCUAAGAGAAAUUUGCGUGAAUAUGUGUAUAUAAUUUUAAUAUGUCUCACAAAAUAACUAGUCUAUGAAACAAGAAAGAAACUUAACCAAAGAUUCGGAGGAAAGAAACUGUGUAACUCUUCUUCUGAAAUUGGAAUGCAGUUGACUUGUUUCAUAAAACAUGCGCAUUUAUUAUAGACGGAUAUGAAACAGACUAUUAAACAUGUAAUUUAAUUUCAUAAAUUGAAUUGUGGAAUGAAUUAUGGAUUUACUUUUAUCUGAAAUCAUAAAAUUUUUGAAAAAAAGGCAAUUUAUGUAUAUGUGUGAACAUAUUUGCUGUUUUACAAAUUUCGAACCAAUUGCCAGUUUACGGGCAUGAAUUAUUAAUAUUCUGCGUUAAUCUUGGAAGUAAAAAAGCAAUAUAUGUUUUAUAUGCAAAGUGUAUUCUUAUGUGUGUUUUUUAAUUCCUAUGCAUGGAUUUACUUAUUCUCAUUUUUUAUCAGAUCUUCGUAUUUUAUAUUAAAAAUACUUCUUUGAAUUUAAUGGCAGAUUUAACUAAAACAGUAUGCAUAAUGCUUUAUAAAUCAAUUAAAAAUAAUUGAGUGCUUUAUAUUCUUUAUAAAUUUAUUAUAAAUUUUAUACAACUGAAUUCGCAAUUUUAUCUUUAUUACUUGUGUUUCAUAUUGUGCAUUUCGUUUAGGCGCAAUAUAUAUGAGAUAAGUGAUAUAAUUGAAGCUUCUUAAAUGUUUUGUACCCGAAUUUAAAUGUUUAUUUAUUUAUUUAUCGUGGAUCAACGUGCCAUAUUUUCUCAGAGGAACAAAUUCAAAAUUAUUAUUGUUGUUAAUAUUAUUAACUAAUUUCGAUAAGAAGUUAAUUAUCAAAUUAAUAUUAAGUAUUAAUCUAAAGUGAUAUUACUUAAUAAAUGAAAAAAAUAAUAAAUAAUUUUCACAAUAAUUAAUAAUGUAAUUAACAUCAGCAUGUUUUAUUCAAUAACCAUAAUAAAGUAAAUUCUAAUUGAAUUUCUGACACAACAUAUUAAACUAUUAAAUAAAUUUAAAAAAAAAUGAAUGAAUUUUUUUAAAACACUUUUUUUCCUAAGAUUAUUCCAUUAGCUGUUUGUCAUGUGUCAGAUAAAUGUAUUAAAAUUAUAUUUCUGAAGUCUUCUGAAGUAUAUAUAGAUUUUUAAAUAAUUAUUUUUAAUUAGUUCUACUACAAAAGUUGUCACCAUUAAUAUUACAAAUAGCAUUAUUGCAUUAAAUAGACCUUAAAAGUCUUAAAAGACCUUAGACCUUAAGUCUAUAAAUAUCCAGAAUGCAUUUCUGCUUGAUCAAAAUUAUGUUAUACUGGUUUCUUGUCAUGUAUGUUAAACUUAAUUUUGGACAGUGAGGAUGAUAUGAAAUCUAAAACUGUUGAAUUUUUCAUAAAAUUUUAUUUUGAAAAAAUAGUUUUAUUUACAUACAUAAAUAACUGUUUUAUAUUUAUUACAAAAAUAAGUUGUUUGUAAUCUGUGUUUUAUUUAGUACGUGUGUUAAAAUCUUUUUUCUAAAUAUCAAAACAAAUUUUAGAGAGAAUCACUCUUAAAAAUUCUAUAAAAUCUGAAUUUCAGUUUACAUUUGAUUUUGAUUAAUUAAAACGAAUUUCAAUGAUAGUUAAAUUUUUAAUGUUGUAUUUGUAUAAUACCUUUAUUGAAAAAAUCUGUCCUAACUUUUUGUAGAUAUUCAGUCAAAGACGAAACAAAUAUAUCUAGAAUUUUAAACGGUCAUAAUUUUAGAUAAGUUUAAUGUACGGUCACUUAAGAUCAUGAACAUCAUAACUAGAUUUUUAUCCAAUAAUUUUAAAAUAAAAUGUUUCAACUAAUGCACAAAAUUUUUGUUAUAUAUGAAUUCUUGCAAAAUUUUAAAAAAAUUACUCGAAAAUUUUAUUAAUAAAUAAUUAAUGAAUUUUUGUACUCAUUUCUGAGAAUUUUUAAUGCUUUUUUUAUAUUCUAAUAAGAC